AACCAGUGUGACUCGUUCACCCCCCACACCAACCUCCACCCACCUCCCCCCUUUACCCGCUCCGGACCGACCCACCCAUAAGGACUAUCUAUUCGGGGCCGAUGCUGACAGCUCAGCCCGGAUCACGGCCACGCCAGGAGCCGCUACAGCGAUGCAGCCCCAGCAGAUGUACGACUUUUCCAGUGAAGAGAACAGUCACAAGUGGAGAGGCCUCUUCGUGCAAGCUCUCAAAAAGGUACAGGAGCAGGUCCACCCAACCCUGAAAGCAAAGGAGGAUGCCCUGCAGCACAUUGAAGAGCUGAUCCUGCAGCUGCUCAACAUGCUGUGUAUGGCCCAGCCUCGCACAGUGCAAGAUGUAGAGGAACGUGUGCAGAAAACCUUUCCCCACCCUAUAGAUAAGUGGGCAAUUAACGACGCCCAGGCAGCUAUUGAGAAACGUAAGAGAAGAAACCCCUUACUUCUCCCUGUGGACAAAAUACACCCAUUACUUAAGGAGGUUUUGGGCUACAAAGUGGACUACCAUGUGUCCUUGUACAUUGUGGCGGUACUUGAAUACAUAUCAGCUGAUAUACUCAAACUGGCGGGCAACUAUGUCGGCAACAUUCGGCACUAUGAAAUCACCCAGCAGGACAUUAAGGUCUCCAUGUGUGCAGACAAAGUGUUGAUGGACAUGUUUGACCAGGAGGAGGACAUCGGCUUGAUGUCGCAGUUCACCGAGGAGCCCUUGUCUCUCGCCGAGCUUUCUUACGAUGAACUGGUGAAGCUUGAAAUCGCAGAGGAGCGGCAGUAUCUGCGAGAGCUCGAUCUUAUUAUUAAAGUGUUCCGGAACCAUUUCCUGUCGCACCCCAAAGUCUUCACAGACGAGGAUGUUGAGGUGAUCUUCAGCAACAUCAUGGACAUCCACGAGCUGACAGUGAAGCUACUGGGACUUAUUGAGGACGCAGUGGAGAUGACUGCUGAUGGCAGUCCUCAUCCACUCGUGGGCAGCUGCUUUGAAGACCUAGCAGAGGAGCAGGCGUUUGACCCGUACGAGACCCUGUCUCAGGACAUCCUGGGCAAGAAAUUUAAUGAGCACUUCCAUGAAAUGAUGCAGAGACAGACAGUUCGUCAACACUUCUGGUCUAAUCCGGGGGGCUUUAAAGAGUGCGUUCAGUAUGUCCUUCCCCAGCUGAUGAAGGUUCCUGUCUACCACUGUCUGCACUACUUUGAGCUACUGCAGCAACUUCAGGAACGUAGCGAAGAUCAAGAUGACAGAGAAGGCCUGAAACAGGCAAUUACAGCCUUGCUUAACCUGCAGUCCAGCGUGGAGCGCAUAUACGUCAAACACCAGCCUCGUCGUAAACCUGUCGAGGCCAUUUACCGCCGGUACAGCCGGCAGGUCCGCGGCAAGCAGCUAGCCAUCAAGCGAAUGAUCGAGAUCCAGAAAAGCAUCGACGGCUGGGAGGGAAAAGACAUCGGCCAGUGCUGCAACGAGUUCAUCACUGAAGGGACGCUUUUACGAGCAGGUGCCAAGCACGAGAGACACAACUUCCUGUUCGACGGCCUAAUGAUCAGCUGCAAGGCCAACCAGAGCUCGCGGCUCCCGGGGUCCGGCAGUGGGGCAGAAUACCGCCUCAAAGAGAAGUUUCUGCUGCGGAAGAUCCGCAUCGUCGACCGCGAGGACUCCCCAGAGCUGCAGCACGCGUUCGAGUUGAUUUUCAAAGACGAAAACUCCGCGGUUUUCUGCGCACGGACAGCAGAGGAGAAGGCGAACUGGAUGGCGGCGCUGAUGGCCCUCCAGUACCGCUCCACUUUAGAUCGCAUGUUGGACUCCAUACUGCAGACGGAGGAGCAGCAGCGUCCUCUUAGACUGCCCUCGCCCGAGGUUUACCAGUUCGCUGUGCAAGACUCUGAGGAGAAUAUAGUGUUUGAGGACAGAGUGCAGAGCAAGACUGGGAUCCCCAUCAUUAAGGCCGGCACAGUGGUCAAGCUCAUAGAAAGGCUCACCUACCACAUGUAUGCCGAUCCCAACUUUGUGCGCACAUUUCUCACCACCUAUCGAUCGUUCUGCAAACCACAGGAGCUCCUCACCCUUCUUAUAGACAGGAUAAAUAUCCCUGAGUCAGGAAACGGUGACGACGAAGUGGCCAUCUGGAACGGCGAUCCACCAACAACAGCCGAGCUCCAGCGGUUCCGCAGGGAAUACGUGCAGCCGGUCCAGCUCAGGGUUCUCAACGUGUUUCGUCAGUGGGUCGAACAUCAUUUCUACGACUUUGAAAAUAAUCCAGACCUGCGAGUUCAGCUGGAGGAAUACAUCACCCAAAAACUUCAACUACGGGGCAAGUCCAUGAGGAAGUGGGUGGAGUCCAUCACUAAGGUCAUCAGGAGGAAGCUCCAAAUCCAGUCAAACGGCAUCAGUCACAACAUCACCUUCGAGAGCUCGCCUCCGCCCUUCGAGUGGCACAUCUGCAAAGCCGGCCAGAUCGAGAAUUUCGAACUCAUGACCCUCCACCCCAUAGAGAUCGCCCGGCAGCUCACGCUCAUAGAGUCUGAGCUCUACAGAGCCGUGCGGCCGUCGGAGCUGGUGGGCAGCGUCUGGACCAAAGAGGACAAGGAGAAGAACUCUCCCAACCUGCUGCGCAUGAUCCGCCACACCACCAACCUGACGCUGUGGUUUGAGAAGUGUAUCGUGGAGGUGAUGAACCACGAGGAAAGGGUGGCUGUGUUAUCACGGGUCAUCGAGAUCCUGCAGGUUUUCCAGGAGCUCAACAACUUUAACGGCGUGCUGGAGGUGGUCAGCGCCAUCAACUCUGUCCCGGUCUACAGGUUAGACCACACCUUUGAGGCAAUACCAGAAAGGAAAAAGAAAAUCCUGGAAGAAGCAGUGGAACUGAGUCAGGAUCAUUUUAAGAAAUACUUGGCUAAACUGAAGUCAAUAAAUCCACCCUGUGUGCCUUUCUUUGGCAUCUAUUUAACAAACAUUCUGAAGACCGAGGAAGGCAACCCCGACUUCCUGAGACGCCACGGCAAGGACCUGAUUAACUUCAGCAAGCGGCGGAAAGUGGCCGAAAUAACAGGCGAGAUCCAGCAGUACCAGAACCAGCCCUACUGCCUGAAGGUGGAGCCAGACAUCAGGAGGUACUUCGAGAACCUGAAUCCGAUGGAAAACAUGAGUGAGAAGGAGUUUUCAGACCACCUGUUCAAAAAGUCUCUGGAGAUUGAGCCACGGAACGCCAGGCAGCCCGCACGAUUUCCCAGGAAGACCACUUACUCCCUGAAAUCCCCUGGGCUCCGGCCUGUGCGAACGUCUACCUCUGGCACCCUGAAGGGCCACCCCGUGGCCCUGGAGAGGGAUCUGCAACACAAGAUCACCUUCCGCAGCAUCGCGGAGAACGAGCAGGACCCGCCGUCGUCCGUCUCAGUGCCCACCUCUCCAAACACGCCCACCCCUCCGCAGUCGGCCUCGUCUGAUCUCAGCUCGGUCUUCAUGGAUCAUGACCUCAACAGCUCCUACAGCAGCUCUGUGUUUUCUCUGCCUCCUUCAAAGUUUCAGUCUGUCUCCUGCGGCAGCCUCCACCAGCUUGGAGAGGAGCUAAAGCCGCCUCCUUUACCUCCUCGGCGCAAAGACACUUUGUCUGAAGCAAAACUGAGCUCUGUGUGCGACAGCCCUCCAGCCAUCCCUCCCCGGCUUCCUCCUUUGCCAAGAAACCAGCAUCGACCGCUCCUCUACAACGGGCCCCCCUUUGACGGCCCCCUGCCCAGCCCGCCCCCUCCACCGCCGCGGGACCCUCUACCCGACACGCCGCCGCCGGUGCCCCAGCGGCCCCCGGAGAUCUUCAUCAACUACCCCCUCAACAUGCAGCCGUCGCCCGGCGGCCGAUACCACUGGGACUUCAACAGCUCGCCCAGCUCGCCCAACACGCCGCCCAGCACGCCGUCCCCCCGCAUCCCCAGGAGGGGCUGCCCGCUCAGCGCCAGCCAGAACAGCCUGUGUCCGCUCCCCAACGCGGCUCCGCCCGUGCCCCCUCGCCACAACCCCGUCCCGCAGCUUCCCAAGCUCCCACCAAAGACGUAUAAAAGGGAGGCGCUGCAGCCGCCGCUGCAGAGCCUGCCGCUGGUGGAGAACGCCGACAGCAGCCAGUGAGUCCGCGUCGUCUCUUCAGCAGCCAGACUCAGAGCUACUGGUCCGAAAGAACAAGACUGCUUCACACAAUCCUCCCCCUGCGUCCAUCACACCUGCCAGUCCUCUCAGGGGAUCAGUAGCUCCGCCUCCACCACAAAACCCUCUGUGCCAAUGACGACCCCCCCCCACCCCCCACCGGUGUGCCAGCUAACAAAACAACAAGGAGCGUUAGCGUCUGCUGGGAGCAGCGCGGCCCGCUCCGAGUGAAACUCUUUACCUGACGCGCUUCGCCUGUCCCACAGCGCCGCCCCUCCAGAGAGGGGGGGGGGGGGGUGCUUGUAGCCUCAACUGUGCUCUCUCUGUUUCUUUUGGGCAUUGACAUCCUCCGCAUUCCCUCUGCCGCUCACAAGGCGCUACGAGCUGCGAGCUCCUCUGAAACGGUGGCUGUGGGCAGCAGGUGGGCUUCGCUUUUCCUACUUACUGAAGACAGUUGCCAAAGUCUUAUUUUAUGCAGGGGGAUAAGGGAUUUUCUUUUUUUGUUUUUAAAGCAGUUCUAACACUAAAUGAAACACUACAAGGAGCCGAAUCCCCCACUUUGUAUCUCAAGCUGUACACUGUGACUGUAAAGUAGCACGUCAAACUGUCUGGACUGUUUCUAUUUGUUUGGGGUGUUUGUUUGUUUUUUUUGUUUUUUUGUCUGAAGCCUCUCCGCAGCCACAAAAAUGUUGCCUUUUAAAAAAAUCCAACGGCGGUGACCUCUACACCCAGGCUCCAGUCCUAUUGGCCCUGACGGACACAGUAGCUGAGCCAAGAACACUCCAUUUGCACAAGGUUUGGGCAAAGUCGGCGGGUUUUUGAUUGGACGAAUAAAAAGGGAAAGAAAGGAAAUAAAAAAAAAAAAAAGCAGAUCUCUGUGCAGCGCAGGACCAGAGGGAGGUCUGCCACGAUAUCAAAGAGCAGCAUGGUGCAGGAGGAGGAGGAGGAAUCUCACUUCAGCCUGCUCGCCUCAAGCCGAUGUCUUAAGCCGUUCCCUCGCGGACGUACACUGCUGUCCGACACUGUGCUCCUCUUUUCCCUUCAACUUUGGAAGUUUGCUUUAUUUGUGUUGAAACUUUUGCACUGGACGCACGCAUCCUCCCACCAAAGCUGGGCCAGCCUUCCCUCCCUCCCCAGUGGCUGCUCCCGAUGCCUAAAACCUACGGAAAGAGGAACUUUUUAACCUAACUUCCUCCUCUUUAGCUCUCCUUUUUUUUUUUUUUUUUGCUUGAAACAUUUUGUUUUAGUUUAGAUAGACUGAAAUAAUCCAUGCAUCACGCUCGGAUGUGCCUUUUUUAGUUUGUUUUCUACUUUACAGAAAUAAGCAAAAUGGUGUCUAAAAUGCUUAAAAAUAAAAGUUGCCUAUGUAAUGUUUAGAACAAAGCUAUACACUAUAAAAUUGUACAUGUCUGUUCAUGCCGUGUAUAUAUAUACCAUGUAUACACUAACUCAUUUGUAUAAAGUGAAAAUCCUUUCCCCUCCCUCGGUCCCCCCCACCCCCGUCUUAUCGUACCGUCAUCCGCCUUUUUCAGUCAGAUAUUUCAUAAGAGUCCAACGCUGCUACAGUCGGCUAAAAAAAAUUAAAAAUCUAAAAAAAAGGAAAAUAAGAAAAGAAAAAAAAGCAGGUCACUGUUACUAAUUUGCAGACAAUCUCCAGUUCAGCCACUGUGAGUAUUUACCAAGAAAAGCCAUUUUUCCUCCCCCCCCCCACCCCGGUGGUGCUUUAAAGCAAUGGAAACUAUCCAGUUUAAUAUGCCAAGCACUUAAAUAGAGGCGUGCUUCACUUUGUACAUCCUACUAAUUGCCUUUUAUCUCCUUUUCAAAGACUUUUUAACGCUUACGUUCAUCAAACUGAGGUUGGAGUCGUAUCAAAGUUGCAAUGAAAUAUAUUCAGUCACGAGUUUUGGCGCAUAGCAAUUUUUUCUUUUUGUUUUUUUUUUGUUUUUUUGUGUGUGUUUUUGGGAGUAACACACUUUGUGCACUUUAGGCUGUACUGUUUAAGAGCCACAGUUGUCGCAGGAACGUUUGUAAAUGUAGUGACCCUGUGCAACACGGAUCAGGGCAGCAGAGACACACACAAGUCUUACCGCCUCAUUUUUCAAUCCCCCCCCCUCCUGGCUCACAGAAGCUCCAGGGUGUCCCAUCACCACGAACAACCCGUGAAAACAAACAAAGAACCCAAACUAAACGUUAAGCUAAGGAUGAUGGAUGAUUAGUCGACGUUUUCAAACUAGUACUGCAGAGCGACGUUUGGGAGGAUUUCCAUUCUUAUUUCAUGUGCGAACAAUUUGUCGUUUCGACUCGUGUUUCUGUUCCAUUUCCCAAGUUUCCCGUGUCAGUAUUGAUGGGGUUCAUCUUUACCCCCCCCCCCCCCAUCUUCAACAAAAUGACUAUUAAGUUCUCUGUUGAUGGCACUGUAACAGCUUGAUCCAGCAAUCGGUUUGUUUGAUGGUAUGUGGCCUUUUAACUGCUUUGUAUUAAUGAUCUUGAUGAGAUUAAUAAAUCACCCAGUCUUAUUUUGUACUGAACCACUUA